AUGGGGUUCGCCGCCCAGUUCAUCUUAUUCUUGGAGGAUUCGUGCUGGAGGUCCUCACUGGCCCAAUACGCCUUGAGUAACAGUCAGAUCUCGUUGACCAGUCAUAGUGGCCUGACUAGGUUGGACCGGGCGAAGGAGAAGGCUAAAAACCAUGAACAUAUAUCCCGCAAUGAUUUCCCUGAAGGUUUUAUCUUUGGAACCGGUACAUCUGCUUAUCAGGUCGAAGGAGCUGCAGCCGAAGAUGGUAGGAGUAUAAGUGUGUGGGAUGACAUCACUUUGAGGACUCCAGGUAUGAUUGCGGAUGGAUCUAAUGGAAAUGUUGCUUGUGAUGUGUACCAUAGAUAUAAGGAUGAUAUUAGGUUGAUGAAGCAAAUGGGUUUUGAUUCCUAUAGAUUUUCGAUUUCAUGGUCAAGAGUUUUACCAGGUAAAACUUUCGCUGGAAUCAAUAAAAAAGGAAUCGAUUACUAUAAUGACGUUAUCAACACUGUCAUCGCCAAUGGCAUGAUACCAUUCGUAACUCUCUUUCACUGGGAUCUUCCCAAUUGCUUACAACUGGAGUAUGGUGGCAUGUUAAGCGACCAAAUAGUGAAUGAUUUUGUCCAGUUCGCAGAGCUAUGCUUUCAAGAAUUCGGUGACCGGGUGAAAUUUUGGACAACAUUUAACGAGCCAUGGAGCUACGUAGUUUAUGGAUAUACGCGUGGGGAUGACUUCAUCGAAGAUGACUCUACAGGCAACAACUCAACAGUCGUUCAAUAUUCAUCUCAAAGAGCUCGGAUGCGCCUUCCUCCUAAUAAACUUUCGAGAAGACGAUUUGACUCCACAACCCAGACCAAUAGGGACACUUGGUUCCCUGUGAAGGAUCCGGCCAAAGAUGCGUAUACUGCAGCAAGAAAUAUGCUUCUUUGCCACUCAACAGCAGUCCAAUCGUAUAGACAGAAAUUUGAGAUUUAUCAAAACGGCAAAAUAGGAAUAGUUCUCAACUCCAAUUGUCAUUAUGCUUUCGAAAAUACUUCACAGAAUAACCUUGCUGCCGAAACAGCCUUUGAUUUUAUGUUAGGAUGGUUUUUGGAACCUGUAUUAUUUGGUCAAUUUCCACCAAGUAUGUUGCGCUUUGCUGCGGACAAUAUUGUGCCAUUCUCAGAUGAGGAAAUGAGAGGACUCGCGGGUUCGGUUGAUUGGACUGAUUCGUCAUGGUUGUGGAUAGUUCCAAACGGACUAUAUGGUCACUUGGAAUAUCUACAGGAUAGAUAUAAGAAACGCAUGCCUCCUCUAUACAUUACUGAAAAUGGGGUUGCUGAUAACAAUGACGUCAAGCUCACAGCCAAACAGGCUUGCGUCGACACAACAAGGGUUCAGUAUCAUCAGAAACAUCUUACCUAUCUUCUACUAGCAAUAGAGAAUUUGAAGCUUGAUGUAAGGGGUUAUUUUGUUUGGUCAUAUUGUGAUAAUUUCGAAUGGACCGCCGGAUACCAAUCAAGAUUUGGUAUAAUCUACACUGACUAUGUCAAUAACUUGACACGAUACAUGAAAAAUUCAGCUUUCUGGUUUACCAAGUUUUUAAAGCCUAGCUUGCCGACGUCACCAACUUCAGAUAAGAAAUAAGUUGAAAAGGGUCGGGAGCGUGAAUUUAAGAAAAGGAGAACGCUUGAAGAUGUGGAAUGAUGCAUUAAGUACUUUUGCUUUGGAUUCGAUGACUGAAUAAAUAUGAAAUGGAAGCG